CGUUCAACGCUGCCAGUACAUGAAUUAUCACAAUAAAUCUAGUUCAAAUGUGACUUAAGACACACAUAACGUGGUUCCUAUGGCUAGUUAGGAGGUAGUUUGCUAUUUAUCAGAUAUGGAAUUAAUGCACGCACUGCUUUGUAUUUGCACGUGCGCUAUUGGACUUACAUCCGGGGCCCGUAUACGGUACGGGAACUAUCAAAUCCCCAGUGACACCCAUGAUAGACAACGGGACCACAACCAGACUGAAAAGAAAGAAAAAUGGAUGGUAGAUUCUGUAAUCUACGACGACUACCAGGCGGACGCUCCGGUAACAAUGUCAACGGAAGAGGUAUGUCCGCCGGCCCUUCUGGGAGCCGACGAUUACGAGGCCUGCAACGUUACCGCGUGCAGCAGUGACGUAGAAUGUAGCGCGGACUUCAGGUGUUGUUACAAUGGCUGCGUGUUCACCUGCGUCCCGGAAGUGAAACCCGCCGCUCUUUUGGAUUGGAAGAAGGAACCCCGGCGGUCUCGAUCAGGAAUCUCGUGGCUAAUAGAGGGGAAGCCAUCAUUGGACGUUGGAGGAGAGCCGUGCAGCACGACGCCACCUGACCCGGACGAGGACCCGCUGCUCUGCCCCCAUGGGUACUUCUGUCACGUGACCGACAGCGCCAAGCCGCAUCGAGGCAUUCCGAACAGCGGAUACUGUGUGAAACAGACCGACGGACAGUAUUCUCAGAAGAAUGAAGAAAUCGUUAUAACAGCGGGUCUAAAACAGCCAAAUACAUGCACCAUCGACAAUAUACGACUUCUCGAGGGGGCGAGUAUACGGCUGCACCGGAAAACAUGCCGCUGUAAGCGUGGAUACCUGUCUUGUAAAAGGAUUAAAAGAAAGAAUAGCGUCGAUGUAAAACCGACAUCCAGAUCACGGUCGAGUAAAAAACGAGAUAAGAAGAACGAUAAACGCAGGAGGAAUAAUUCAUGAUGCUGUAGAGAUACAUGCACUCCAGUUUAUCUUACACGGUGUUUAACUGCAAGCAACAAGCCGCAAUGUGCUACAACCAAAUAGAUGUUAUGAAAAACUUUUUUAAAACAUGACAGAUAUGUUGAUAUUAUUGAUGUGAAAAAUACUAAGUAGAAAGAGUCAAGUUUAAAGCUUCCGUAUUUGACAUUCUCAAUGAAAAUACGACUUUUAAAGCGUAUCUUUUAAUAAGUCAGUUGUAAUAUGUGAUCUGUAAUUGUGCAAGUUAUGCUUGUGGGUAACUGCUGCUUAUUGAAAUACAUGAAUUAUUAUUU